AUGUAUGUUAUUGUUAAUGAUAUCCCUACUAAGGAUUUCAAUGUCUCAAGAGGGUUACGUCAAGGAUAUCUGUUAUCAUUGUUUCUAUUUCUCAUGGUUGUUGAAGGGAUCUUUGGCUUAGUGAAUAAUGCAGUGUUGUUAGGUGAAUUUAAAGGGUUCAACUUUGUUGGAAACUUACGGUUGGAGCUGAGCUUCUAUAAUUUGCCGAUGAUACAGUCUUGGUGGGAGAUGGGUCGUGGCAAAGUCGCUGGAGCAUUAAAGCGUUACUUAGAGGAAGCUGCAGGUUUCCUUUUGUGUGGUAUCGGGGCUCCGUCUUUCACUUUUCUUGGUAUUCCUAUCAUUAUUAAUCCAAAACGCCGGGAGGUGUGGACGCAUAUUAUGGAUAAAAUUAGAGAAAGGUCAUCUGUGUGGCAUAAUAGGUUUUUGUCCAUUGGUGGUAGAGUGGAGCUAUUGAGUUCAAUUUUGUCCAAUAUGUUGAUAUUCUUAUUCUCUUUCUAUAAAGUUCCAAAAGUGAUUAUCAAUGAAGUUAUAUUGCUUCAACAAGUUUUCUUGUUGGGUGGUGCGGAAGAUAAGAAGGAAUUUAAUUUUGGGUAUGGUGAAAUAAUGACUCUGAUGUUGGAGGAACUAGUUUUCAAUGCUCGUUCCAAGGUUUCGCUUUGGUGGAAAGAUAUAUGUUCGGUUGGUAAAGUUGAGAAGGACAACCCAGAAAACUGGUUUACCUCGUCAAUCUCUUGCAAACUCAAAAAAGGGGCUGUUAUUAGUUUUUGGGUGCAUCAGUGGUCGGGCUCGAUGCCUUUUCGCAAUUGUUUUCCAUCGUUAUACCUGGUUUCAGAUCCCGACAGGAUGAAGGUGUCUGAUCAUAGGGUGAUUGCUGAUAUUUUGGUUGCUUCUGUUAUGGAGCUGGCAAAGUUAUGGUUAUUGGAUUAUUUGUGGAAGUCCAAAGAUCCUAGCAAAAUGCUCAUUUUCGAUUGGCGAUUGAUUUUGAACAAACUGCCUUUGAGGAUGGAGCUUGGGAAACGUCACAUUUUUGUUGGAGCCCAUAACACGAAAUUUCGUUAUUACUUGGUGUUCAUUUGA